AUUCGUAGUUUUGACAGCUUACGUCAUUUCUGUAUCCGGCACCCCGUUGUCCAGGCGCCCGGGCGGUCGAUCGAAUAAACAAAAAAGUAAAAACGUCAACACAAGUAAACAAAACAGUCGUCAUCAUUGAUUCUUUCAGGAAAAUGUCCAAAGUGACUAAUGUUAAUUCUAGUUUAGCAUAUGAGAUACUUUUGUAUCUAAACAGUUUUUAUCUUGGGAUGUUUUUCGUGUGUGAAGUGGCCAUGGGCAUUUUAAAAGCUAUCAAUGUGUCUUAUCCUGAGAACGCGCUGUUAACUGAAGCCGGGAUAUUUAGUGCUCUAUGUCUUGUGGAAGUUAUCCGCAUAUUUUUGGGACGAAGAGGAAAUUUAGCGAGCAAGAAAGUACCAGUGUUCUUUUCAGUCAUCUUAACCAUACCUUCUGCAGUGGGUGUGUGCUACUUCCUAAUAUACCAGACAUACAUACUUCGUCUGGAGUAUAUCUGGUGUGCAGUAAUGUUGAUGUUCCAUGCUCUAGAGCUGGCCUUCGCAAUCCUGUUCAUCGUAACAGUGUGUAAACACCAGCAGUAUGAAUAAAGUGUUAGAACCUCCCUGCCAAAGAGAUAUUGAUGCCAACAUAGGUAGAAUCUAUGGAUGCCAAAUGUUGACUGAAUUAUAAGAAAAUUCCAUUAUUUUUAACUCAUAACUUUAGUUUUUAGUUAGGCUAUUUUAUUACAGUAAAUUUUUAUAGUAAGACAACCUAAUUUUGUAGUAUAAUCUAUACUUAUUAAAAUGUUUCCAACAAUUUUGUUUAAAGUUAUAACCCAUUAGAAAAUAUGUUACUAAAAGUUCUUAUGAAAGCUAGUUGGCACUUCCUAUUUUCAAUGUACAGAAGUACAGAUUAUUUCAAUUUUAGAUGUUCUUUUUUUUAUAAUUAAGAUAUUACCCUAGUAAUUGUGCCUACUUUUAAUAUUUACUCAAUGUAGAAUUUGUCCUAUUCAAAAUAUGGACCUAAAUGUAAGGGGACUAAUAGUCAGUUUGUAAAUAUGUUUAUCUGUAAUCUUGAACAAGCCAUUAAAUAAAUUUUGUAAUUGUAAGAUUGAAAUAAAAUUGUAUGCAUAGUCUA